AUUAAAACUUCAUCAGAUUUGAGUUGUCAAGGAUCACAAAAAUCAUUAAUAAAAUGUCCGACGACGAGUUAGAAAGCGAAAAAGAAGGCGAGGGCGGCGAAGGGGGUGAGGAGCGUUAUCCUUACGGCGAAUACGAAGGGGGCAGGGAUGAUCAACUUGACCGGCACGGAUGGGGCAGCGCCCUGUUGCCCAAUGGUGACAUUUACGAAGGAGAAUAUUACCAUGGCAGAAGACAUGGAAAGGGACUAUAUUGCUUUAAAAAUGGGGCCAGAUAUGAUGGAACAUGGAGGAAAGGGCUGAAACAUGGUCAAGGGACUUUUUUGUAUCCGGAUGGGACUAAGUAUAUAGGCCAAUGGAAGAAAGACUUCAAACACGGACAGGGAACUUAUUAUUAUGUGAAUGGCGAUUAUUAUACUGGAUUUUGGUUUAAAGGGUUAAGGCAUGGACUAGGCACUUACACCUACAAAGCGAUUGACAUAACCCAUUACGGGACAUGGAAAAAUGGCCGCAUGGAAGGCCCUGGGAUUAUAAACUAUCCUUACUACCGAUACCAUGGGUCAUUUGAAAAAAACCUUCCAAAAGGCAAAGGUUGCUUCACCUUUGAUGGAAAAUAUAUGCAACAUGGUUAUUAUUUGAAUAUUAGGGACCCUGCCUUUGACUAUGUUGGGGCAGAGGACUUAAAAAUUGAAGGUCAAGAAGAAGCCCAACAUCCAGAAGAGCUUGGAGCCCCAUUAGGCAUAGUACCUAUAUGGAGAGCAAGGCAAAUAACAGAAUAUAAAACUGACCUACUGCCUCCAGAACCUGUACCAUUAAUGGUAAAAGACUCAGAAGAUUCUAUCUUGGAUAUUAUUGAGUAUUUACAACAACAAUAUGAAGAGGAAAAAGGGAAUGUGGAGGAGGAACAUCGGCCCACACCUUCACCUGUGCCACUGGAUAUGCUCCUGGAUAUUCCCGAUAUUGAUUUGGAUGUUUUGUGAUUUACUGUUGUUGGUUUAAUAGAGAUUUUAGCGAUAA